GGUAUUAUCCUCCCCACCCAAAUGAAGACGAAGAUCAAACGAUUGCUGUGCUCGAGCCUGAUCGGCCGCGGCGCGAAGCUACCGCGGGUAUCGGCCAAGCGCUGCUUCGCCUGUCGCGCCAGAUCCGUCCUCGUCCUCGGCCUGGCCACAACAGCCAUGUUGGUCGUGCUCAUACUCACUGUACUCGUGCGAAUACUCGCCGGCGCCGCCGAGCCCCAGUUCAGCUCGCCAUGGCACUUUUACUGCGAGGGUGGCCACUGUAAAAAAGCCGAGAUCACGGCAAAUACGACGGGCGAGCCCUUGGCCCUCGGCGUCUGUCAAUUGUUCUGCGGCGAGUCGGCGGGCAUCUGGCCCAGGCCCACGGGUCACAUGUCCCUCGGCAACUUCGUCGCCCGGCUCGACGGCAGCCGAAUCGACUGGCAGGGCGUUGACCUGCGCAGCGACGUGGGUCAAUUGCUGCAGGCUAACGUCGACCGGCUCAAGAGGAAUGCCCUGCGCGCCGCGAGCGCGAGGCAGCAGCAGCGGCAACAAAAAAAAGAGCCCGGCUAUCCGCUGCUGAUCAGCAUCAAGGGGGAUUUCGAUCGCGAGAAGGUCAAAUUGACCCUCGAUACUUCGGAGGCCUAUACGCUGAGCGUGCGGCAAGAGGAUACCGGACGGCUUGUGGCCGAGAUCGGUGGUGAAAGCUACUUCGGCGUGCGCCACGGCCUGGAGACGCUGUCCCAGCUGAUCGUCUACGACGAUCUCUACGACGAGCUGAAGAUCGCCCGGGACGUGUACAUCAGCGACGCGCCGGCCUUCCCGUAUCGCGGCAUACUCCUCGACACGGCGCGCAACUUCAUGGACAAGCCCGCGAUACUGCGCACCAUCGAGGCCAUGGCCAUGUCCAAGCUCAACACGUUCCACUGGCACAUCACCGACUCGCACAGCUUCCCCUACGUGAGCCGCAGCUGGCCCAAGCUGUCCAGAUACGGCUCGUACACGCCCGACAAGGUGUACACGGCCCAGGACGUGGCGGAGAUCGUGCGCUUCGGCCUGCUGCGCGGCGUCCGGGUGCUGCCGGAGCUGGACGCGCCGGCCCACGUGGGCGAGGGCUGGCAGUGGGUCGGCGACAACGCCACGGUCUGCUUCAAGGCCGAGCCCUGGCAGAGGUACUGCGUGGAGCCGCCCUGCGGACAGUUGAAUCCGACGAGCGAACGGGUGUACGAGAUACUCGAGGGCAUCUACGCGGACAUGGUGCGCGACUUCGAGCCCGACCUGUUUCACAUGGGCGGCGACGAGGUCAACAUCAACUGCUGGAACUCGACGCCGGUAAUCCGCGACUGGAUGCUGGAGCGCGGCUGGGACCUGAGCGAGUCGAGCUUCUAUCGGCUCUGGGAGCACUUCCAGGCCAAGGCCUACGACAAGCUGACCAAGGCCAACGCCGGCCGAGAGCUGCCCGCCAUCCUCUGGACCAGCGGCCUGACCAACGAGGAGAAUCUCAAGCUGCUCGAUCCGUCCAAGUACAUCGUGCAGAUCUGGACGACCGGCUCGGACGCGACGAUCGGCCGAUUGAUCAGGAACAAGUUUCGAGUCAUUUUCUCCAAUUACGAUGCUCUCUACCUCGAUUGCGGAUUUGGCGCUUGGGUGGGCGAGGGCAAUAACUGGUGCUCGCCUUACAAGGGCUGGCAGAAGGUCUACGAUAACUCGCCGAUGAAAAUAAUCGAGAAGCAAGGCUUCGGCGAGGCUUUCAAAAGCUUAGUUUUAGGAGCCGAAGCCACUCUGUGGUCGGAGCAGGUCGACAGCACGUCGGUGGACUCUCGGCUCUGGCCACGCUCGGCCGCCAUGGCCGAGCGCCUCUGGACGAAUCCCGACUCGACGUGGAUCCACGCGGAGCAGCGGAUGCUGCGCCACCGCGAGCGCCUCGUCCAGCGAGGUAUACUCGCCGACAGCCUCGAGCCCGAGUGGUGUCUCCAGAAUCAAGGCGCCUGCUAUCUGUAAUAGAGUUGAUGAUGAUGCUCUAUAUAUUUAAUAUAUAAGAGCUGUGCGCGGCGAUUGACAAUGUGCUAUAUAUAUUUAUCAUAUACACAAUUAUCAUGUAUAAAAUUUUUAUAUAUUCUCAACAUUAUAUAUCAUACGCUUAAGCUGUGAUUGAAUUUUCAAGUGCGCCAUUAACUUUUAUUGAGAGAAAUUUUGUAACGAUGAAUUUCGUGUUUUGACUGCGCUGCUGCAGGGCUGUGAAAAAUUUAAUACUGCACUAUCGAGAUUUUUUAUUCGCAUUUUUUUUCAUCUAUAUGGCGAUAUAAAAGAACGCCAAGUUCUUCUUUUUUUAACUGAAAUAUUUAAGAUGUGUCUAUAUAUUUAUAGUAUGUAACUCAGCAUGUUUUUUUAUAUCAACGCGAUUUUUCGACUUUCGUAUCAAUUAGUAUUUACAAUCAUAAUAUGUACUUAGAAUGAUUUAUUUGAAUCAUUCAAAUUUGUAAUUUCAUUGUAAUGUUUAUUUAUCAA